UACAAUUAUGAUAUAUUUUGAAACAAUAUACAUGUUUUCUUGCUGCAGUCUUAUUUGGGGUCGGAAAAUGCGUUUUACCGAGCUUAUCACCAGCAACUGAAGGCAGCAUCAGGCACCACCGAAGCACAAAACGGGAUUUUCACGCUCUCCGUUGCCAUGGAGCGAGUUUGUUUUCUUCUUCGGUACAAAAUGAGAGAUUGUGCUUUAAAAUGUGGGGAUGAAUUUAACUGUCCUCGUUGUCCAAAGACAGUGGGGUUUUGACCAACAGAGUGUAAGGACUUCGAUAGCGUUUUAAGGACUUUUGCUAGUUACGACCCUGACUGACCCCACAAUGAGCAGCAGAGUAGCAGAAGGCCGUCUGCAGGUCCUUCAGAUCUACCGCUUGCUGCAGUGCGUCCACGAAGGGGAUAAGGUGCAGAUAGAGAAGAUGGUGAACCUCGGGGUUGAAAACCUCAUCAAUCUCACUGAGCCACAAGACGGCACAGGGGUGCUUCAUGUGGCAGUUUCAGCCAACUCUCAGGACCUGGUCAGCUUCCUUCUCUCCCAGGGAGCUCACCCUGACACCCAGGACCUGAAGGGCCGCACCCCAGUCAUGCUGGCAGCUGAACUGGGCAAUGAUGCCAUAGUGACACUGCUAGCCCAGAAACAUGCUAACCUUAGGCUCCAGGACACUGAGGGCAAAGGUGUGUUAUUCUACUGUAUUUACCCUACCAAGUGCCACACCCGCUGCCUGCAGGUGGCGCUGCAGUGCCGAGCAGAUGUCAACAAUGUGUCAGCACAGGGGACACAUGUCUUCCAGUUGAUGUGUGAAAAAGCCCAGGAGUGCACCCCAAUGUGUCUCAUCAUGCUGGAUGGAGGAGCAGACCCCAACGCAACAAAUCAGAAAAGUGGCGUUACAGCGCUGAUGGAGGCAGCUAAGGCUGGCUCCCUGCAGCUCGUGAGAACCAUUCUCAAGAGAGGUGGUAACCCCAACGCCCUGGACAGAAAACGCCUCACAGCAGUACACUAUGCAGCCAUGGGGGGCUUUCUUGAGGUGAUUCAGGUACUGUCUGCAUACUCAGCAGACAUGAGUGUGAUCAACACAGAGGACUGCACACCUCUUCAUUACGCUGCUGCUACCGGCAAUGCUAACUGCUGCAAGUUCCUCGCACAGAGAGGUUGUAACCCCAAACUGAAGAACCAGGAAGGCUUGCUUCCACGUCAGAUUGCCAAAGACGCUGGUCACAAAGCAGCAGCCAAAGAGCUGAGGAAAGCAGAGAGGCAACAGGGAAAAGGCAAAAAUUCCAGUGGUGUCAACCUCAUGUCAGAUCUUUGGGUCCUGACCCUCCAUGAUUGGUCUCACGAAUUCGAGACUGAAUUACGUGAAGCCGUUGGGAACAAAUCAGACACAGUUACCAGCGACAUGUUUAUUUCAGUGUUGGAAGAACUACAGGCUCCAGUCAACGUAGACCAGCUGCAUGUAGUCAUCUCAGCCCAUGACAAAGGAAGAGAGGGCCGUAUCAAUAUUAAUGAUUUCAUCAGAGGUAUCAAAUACGUCAAGAAACCUUUCCUCCUCUCUUCUUUUCUCCCUAAAAAGAAAAAGGGAGGAAAGGGAGGAAAAGGAGGGAAGAAAAAGAAGGGUAAAUUUGUUCUCCCAAUGCCCAUUUGCACCCUCCCAGUGGAGCUUAUGUCCCGGCGACCAGAUGGAGGUCCACCCCACUUCAUGAUUGAGACAUACUACAACUGCUCAGACAUCAACAGAUUUGACCAAGAUCACCCACCAGAACAUCCUAUAAUGAAUGACUCGGGAUGGUACAUAGACAAGCCAGAGAAGAUCUACGUCAAUAUCAACUACUGUGUGAAAAGUGGAGACUUGGAGUCUCUGGACCUCGCUCUUAGUCAGGGGGUUCCUGUGGAUGCUAAAGAUCCGUUUUACAAGACACCGCUGAUGGUGGCCUGUUCCAGUGGCAACUACGAGGUGACUCAGUACCUUCUCAGUCGUGGGGCAGAUGUGAAUAUGUGUGACCAGUUCUUCUGGACGCCUCUCCACCAUGCAGCUCAUGCUGGACAAGUAGAACUUAUUAAACUUCUGCUUGAGGCUGGAGCCACCCUAGAAGCCCGGGCCCUUGGUGGAGGCACACCCCUCAUGAGGGCCAUUGAGAGCUCUCGACCCUCCUGUGUGGACUUCCUUAUCAAGGCGGGUGCCAGUGUAAAUGCAGAGAACAAGAAAGGACAAAACUGCCUUGACAUUGCCAGGGCCUUUGCAGACUGUAGGAUUACUGACUUGAUCCAAGACAAAAUGGAUUCUCUGCCUAAACCGAAGGAGACAGCAAAGGGAAAGGGAAGCAAAGUUCAAAAGCCUAAACCUGCUAAAGCAAAGGAUGUUGCUGCAGAAGAUUCAGUGCGUGCAGAGACAUCAACUGCAACAGCGGGGAAGACGUCCCCUCAGAAGGAUUCAAGGAGCAUCAUCCUGCAAAAUAGCAAAAUCACCACGGGGAAAACCAACACUGUGGAUAUCACAUUUGUGCCAAAAACUGUUUGGGGGAAGCCGCCCACCACAAGCCAGCUGAUGUCAAAGAUUGAGAGGCGCAAAGAGCAGUUAUCCCUCGAAUUGGACUUUGAUGACUUCAUGAUGCCCUUCAGCCAGAACAUCCAGAGGGAAACGCUAGAGCUGGCAAAAAACACAGACUAGACUGAAAAAGAGGUGAGCCACAGAGAGAGAGAGACACACACACUGAGACAUUACAGUCUGUUACCUGAGCUGGCUGGCCACCUCAGUUAUGGAUAUUGGAUUUACUCUGGAAUGAUCUAUUUUUAUUACAGCUACUUUAAUAAAACCAUAAAUUUUUUUUUACCCUUGUCAUUAUUCACAAUUUCCAAUGUCAAUGCAUAGUUAGAAAUUAGUUGGGU